AUGUGCCCCACUAGCACCACAGCUGAGGAGAUCAUGAGGUUCCCCCAGCUAGCCAUUUUUAACUCCAAAGCCCAUGUGGUUUGUGUCAUGGGCAAGCCUGAGGCCUCGAAAGGAACAUCUGCAAGUAUAAUGACUCAUCUGUGGUCCCUCAUCCUGGUGGUUGCUUCAGGAAUCCAAGCCACAGAUACAUCUCAUCCCAGGAAUUCUGCUAUACGUCAUCUCACCAAGAAUCUAUUACAGAAAUACCACAAAGAAGUGAGACCAGUUCACAACUGGAGCGAGGCCACUACUGUAUACCUCGAUCUAUUUGUCCACGCAGUAUUGGAUGUGGAUGCACAGAAUCAAAAAUUAAAGACAAGCAUAUGGUACCGAGAGGUUUGGGACGAUGAGUUUUUAUACUGGAACACCAGCAUGUUUGAUGAUAUUAGAGAGAUCUCCCUACCUCUAAGUGCCAUCUGGGCCCCUGAUAUCAUCAUUAAUGAAUUUGUGGACAUUGAAAGAUCGCCUGACCUUCCUUAUGUUUAUGUGAACUCAUCUGGGACCGUUAGGAAUACUAAGCCCAUCCAGGUGGUGUCCGCAUGCAGCUUAGAGACAUAUGCUUUCCCAUUUGAUAUCCAGAAUUGCAGUCUAACCUUCAAUAGCAUUCUGCACACAGUGGAAGACAUAGACUUGGCCUUCCUGAGGAGCAGAGAAGACAUUAAGCAUGACAAAAAGGCAUUUUUGAAUGACAGCGAAUGGGAACUUCUUUCUGUGCCCUCAACAUACAACAUCCUACAGAACAGCGCUGGAGAUUUUGCCCAGAUUCAGUUUAAUGUGGUGAUUCGCAGGCGCCCAUUGGUCUACGUAGUAAGCCUGCUGAUUCCCAGCAUCUUCCUAAUGCUUGUGGACCUGGGGAGCUUCUACCUACCACCCAACUGCCAUGCCAGGAUUGUGUUCAAGACAGGUGUGCUGGUGGGCUAUACUGUCUUCAGGGUCAACAUGUCUGAUGAGGUGCCCAGGAGUGCAGCGAGCACCCCUCUGAUUGAGAUCUUCUUCACAGUCUGCAUGGCCUUCUUGGUCCUCAGCUUAUCUAAGUCCAUUCUGCUGAUCAAAUUCCUCCAUGAUGAGCGAUGCAGUGGGCAGGAGCGGCCCCUCUUGUGCCUUCGAGGGGACACCGAUGCUGACGGGACUAGAAUGGAUCCCAAGGCUCAGCUUGCAGGGGCAACAGAGUCCCCCAUCUGUCAAGAGCACCAGGCCCAGUCAGGUACCCUGAAAGAAGUCUGGUCCCAGCUUCGAUCCAUAAGUGACUACGUCCAGGCUCAGGAGCAGGCUGAUCAACGGGAAAUUGAGUGGCUGGCCCUCCUAUACCGCUUCGACCGACUGCUCUUUCGAAGCUACAUCAUCAUGCUCGGGCUCUAUACCAUCACCCUGUGCUCCCUCUGGGCACUGUGGAGCAGCUGGUGAAGACUGAUAUUUGGUGGUGGUGUCAUGGCACUUGGGGGAAGGCUGAAUUCUUUUGUGGGGAGAUUGGAGGGAGAUUGGAGAAAAGGGGGUUAAAAAGCUUUCUACCCCCCAUUGCCUCUUUUCAUUCAGUCUGGAUACUCCCACCUAAUGAAAUACUGAAUGACCCAGGGGUAAUGCAUUCAUGAUGAAAAUGCAUAAACAUUACACGGUAUACAGUGAAAAGUAAUCUUUCCUCCUUAUCCUGGUUCAUGCCCCAAAGUAACCACUGUAGGCAAUUUCUUUUGUAUCCUUUCAGAAAAUGUCUAGGUACCAAACCUGUUACCCUUUGCUGUUGAGUCAAUUCUGAAAAUGUGACUGUACAGGACAGAGUAGAACUGCCCCAUAUGGUUUCCAAGGCUGCAAUA